AUGACUCUUGCUCGUCCCUCUCACUUUAUCCAAACAUCUUCACCACCGCCACCACUCGGCGCCAUGGCAUACUCCGCGGAGAGGCUUGCAAAGGCCCGACGGCUGUUUCCAAGCCACACUCAAGCAACCUUUGACUCUGGAGACAGCUAUGACUUGAGAAGCCGAAGCAAGAAUGCCACGGCAGCCAUAUCCUCUUGGAUCGACAAUGACAAGGAUGAUGACUACAGCCCUCAGCGUGAACCCCGUCCUCCAAAACGCCGAAUUUCUGACAGAGAGACUCGCUCACGCCCUCGACCUGCCAAACGAGCCAGGAGCCACUCGCCUACUCCAACAUCUUCCCUCGAGGCAGAUACCGAAGGAGAGGCGCCAUCUUCCUCCGCUCCCGCCACUCCUGCAGAAACUACUGGUCAGUCACAGUGGGAAUCGUUAUGGCAGCCUCAGAUCGAGAGAGAUCCAAGCAAGGCCUACUUUCUACGAGCACGAAAGAAUACUGCGAAUUCCCCGAGUAGCGCGACCAUUGACCAGAACAAAGCAUCCGAGCUCUUCGAAGAGCGCAAGUCUCCCACAAAGGGAUGCUUGGCUUGCCAGGAACUGGAGCUAGAAUGCUCACUGAUAGAGGAUCCGUUUCAUUACCCUUGCGACAGCUGCCGGGACGACCAGUGCGAUUGCAUUCCUGAUCCACCACCGAUCUGGAAACGGCAGUGUGAGCCAUGCAAAAGCCGACGUCGUCCACGAUGCUCCUAUCUCUCUGGCGACUACGACCAUAGCCAGCCUUGCUGGGAAUGUCUGCAGCAUGGUUUCACCUGCGUUGCUGGUCCGGCAAAAUGCCCUCCAUCUGGUUCGCACCUGGCCGAGGUCGAGGAAAACCGGUCGAAAGGUAAAGCCUGUGAUGAUAGCCUCGCAGAAGAUUCACAUAAGGCUGUGACUCUGAGCGGAGAAGAUACAUCGCAAUCGAAGGAGGCCCGGGGUAGCCUUCAAGCCCCAUCUGCAGGAAACAGCCAACUCACUGCUAUGGGAAGCCGACCUUCUACAUGGGGCCCGUCAGUCCCUGAUCUUCCUACACUUCCAGGCUCAGGGCUACCUCCAGCCACAAUUCCGACAUUUGGAUCCCUUUCCUCGAAUCCCUACGGCACAUCAUAUCGAAUUCAAACAUACUAUGCACACCCGCUGACCAUUCUAGAUACCAACAGCCGGUUGUCGUGUCACUGGUGUUCCAAUUUUGCCUACGGCAUGGUCGGACUCGGGCCUCGGAAUCCGGAAAUCCUGGACUUUGAGACAGGUCGGUUGAUUGAGACCAGUGACGGACACCAGGGAGAAGGAAAAGAACCGAGUCGCAUGUGUCGGCAUUGUGUCGUCGAAAGACUGCAGAUCAUGCGAUGCAGUCACGAUGACAUUGCCCCCAUGAUGAAUGAGAUAACCCCCAAAGCUCCAUUUCAUGCUUCUGCAGCCUUCAACAAUCUCGCUCGAGCUCGUGCAGCUCUGCAGGAGCCAAGAUCUCGGUGCUACGGUCAGCCUUUCCCGGUUGCAGAUCAUGAGUGGUGCAGUCUCUGCCAGGAGCCAGCUUCCUGGUCUUGUGAAAGUGACCAAGUCACUCAACCAGGUGUUCAAGGGCCAUCUCAGUGCGCGAAUCCUGUCGAUAUAGGAUGUGGCCUGCUACUCUGUGACUACUGUGCUCACUAUGUCAAGCAGUUCCAGGGUGACCUCGACCGAGCUGUGGCAUGGGGCAAGCAGGAUCCCGAGAAUGAGACUGAGUUCCGUGCUGAUGUGGAUUAUAUCCUCAAGCGCUCCAAAGGGAACUACCUCCGCCAUCAAGUCUACAGACGUUCUCCCCGAGCUGCCACACAACGUGCGCAGCUCACCGUCACGACGUCUCCCACAAAGCGUCGCAAAGUGUCCCCCGAGCCAGCUCGCAGCAGCCCAGGAGAGGCACGACGUCACGGCCGCUCCGAACCUCCGCAAGUGCCUCCAUUGCCACCAAGAAGCUCCCCGUCGGCUUCGAACGAACGGAGCAAAAGCUUCUCCCCGUCUCCUCCUCGCUACGUGCCCGCUCACCUCCAGUCCCUCGUCCCAGGGACCCGAUCUCAGCCCGGUGUCCGCUCGCCCACCCCUGCGACUGCGACCGCCGGCCUGACCCUCUCCAACGAACGUUCCGAUAUGCCCCCAGAUCAUCAAGCCGGUACUCCGCCAACAAAUGGCGAUGGUCGCUCUCCUUCCCCCGGCGAGAAGCGCCCAGCUUCGGAGAUCACGGAUCCUGACCCCGAGGGAGGCGUGAGCACAACGGUCGAUGUCCCCGCCACCGAUUCCAUUGAUGACCAAAUCGCCAAGGUGAUUGCGCUUACAAACCAACCUUUGAAGGACGGACAAAGGGGAUAUGUCAUUUCCUCGCGAUGGGUGAAGACCCUGUAUGCACGAAGUAGCACCUAUGCCGACAAAGCCGACAAGGAAUCGAUGGACAACGAGCUUGGCCCCGUGGAUAACAGUGAUAUCGUUCUCGACACCGAUCCAGCCAACAGCAACUUCAAGUACGAGAAUGGAGAGCCUUAUGUCCCCUUGCGCCCGAACGUGCAACUCGGCGAGGAUUACGAGAUUGUUCCGCAGGAAGCCUGGGACUUGAUAUUGAAAGAAUACGGACUCGCGAGCCAGUCUCCCGCCAUCGUCCGGUUUGCGCACAACACCAGCUUGGAUGGCUCCGACAACAUCAUCUAUGAGCUCAACCCGCCAAUCUUCACAAUCUUCAAGCUGGCCAACCCCGCUGCGGGGACCACACCCCAGUCUCUGAAAGAGAAAGCUCUUCCGCCUGCGAAGAUGCUGGCUGGUCGCCAGAGCGGCGUCCAAGCUUGGUUGAAGAGGGCCAAAGAACUCACAGGGAUCAACAUGUCCACCAAAGUUCGAGUGUGGAAGAUCAUCGGCCAACUGCCCAGCGUCAACCCGUCAACCGCUACGACUCCCGCCGUGUCCCGCGCCGUUUCACCAGCUCCUCCCUCCGCUCUAAUCUCGGCAUCGAGCAGGAACCUCUUGGUGGAUCUGAACACUUUCAUUGAUCUGAACGAAGGCACUCAGCGAGAACUGCUCGAGACCUUCAAGGACCAGACUAGCAAUGACAAUUACAACGGAAAAAUGUCGCUGAGCAUGGCAGGUCUGAUGGGUUCCGAUGUCUUUGUUCUUGAGGAGCAGGUUGGUACAAAGAGUGGAGAGUGGGUGUCUGCAGUCUCUGCAGAGAAGCUCAAGCACCUCGGGAUUCCCAUCAACAAGCCCAAGAAGGAGCUCACUCCGGUUGGGCCCGUUGCUCCCACUGCCCCGAAAAGCCAGACAAACAGCGGACGGACCAGCCCCGUUCAAGACGAGUUCCCAUUCGCCAAGAAGCCCCAUGGCCACAGGAUGGGUCUCACGGGUCUUUCGAAUUUGGGUAACACUUGCUACCAGAAUGCGGCUACUCAGUGCGUUCGUGCAGUGGAAGAGUUGACAUACUACUUCCUUGCCAACCGCCACAAGAAGGAUCUCAAUCCUUCGAACCCCCUUGGAUAUUCUGGGCAGCUUGCCAAGGCGUAUGCUGGAUUAAUCCAGGGCAUCUAUCGCGACCCGCCCCCAUCGUCCUUCAACCCGCACAAGUUCCGAAACCAAAUUGGCCGGAACAACCCAACCAUGGCUGGUUGGGAUCAGCAGGACAGUCAAGAGUUUUUGAUGUUCCUGCUCGACGGCCUGUCAGAAGACCUAAACCGCAUUCUAAAGAAGCCUUACAUCGAGAAGCCCGACUCGACCGAUGAGAUGGUCCAUGACCGCCAAGCCCUGGAAGACUUCGCUGUGCGAUCCUGGGACAUCUACAAAGCGCGCAACGACUCUGUCGUUACCGAUCUCUUUGCCGGCAUGUACAAGUCGACACUGGUUUGUCCUACCUGUGACAAAGUCAGCAUCAUCUUUGAUCCCUUUAGCAGCUUGACUUUGCCCAUUCCGCAGCAGAAAAUCGAAUACCGCAAUGUCGUCUUCCAAGGACUUGACCAGCGCCCACAAAGCUUCAUGGUCGAGGUGGACAAGACAAGCACGAUCGGGGCUUGGAGAGAGAACGUGGCUAACAAGCUGAGUCUCAAGCCAGAUCAGCUCAUUGCAACGGAUGUUUCUUCUGGCCAUUUCUGGGAUGUGUAUACUCGCCAGAAGCUGCCCUAUGAAGACCUACACCUCAAGAGAGAGGAUGUGAUCACUUUCAUCCAAUUGGAUGCUCCAGCGAACGAUCGUAUCCUUAUACCUGUCUUCAGCAGAUGCGCAAUGAAGUUCAGAAACCCCAAGGGUCAAGUCAAGCUUGAUACCUUUGCUCAGCCUACCAUUCUUUCCUUCACUCGCGAGGAAGCCAAGGACAUGGCCACCAUUUAUCGCAAGAUCUUGCGUCAUGUUGCUACCAUGACUACGUGCGAUAUCCUGGGCGAGGCUGAAGCGAAGAACAAGGAUAAGACUGAGGUCGAUGAGGCAGGUCAAGCUCUUGAAGACUCCGACACAGUGGUGAUGAACGAAGAGGAUGCCCAAUCAGCAGACUCCCGCAUCAAGACCGGCUCCGUCGAGGGCGACGACAGCAUCGUUGAUAUCUCUAUGCACGAUGCCUCCCGAACUCCCAGUGCGGCUUCUCCUGAAGGGAUGGAUACAAGCGAGGACAACGCUGUUCAUCCCUUGGCUGACGUUUUCCAUCCCGGUCUUCUCAGUCUAUUUGAUGUCCGGGUCAUGUCGGGCUUCGACAAGAUUCCCAAGGGCCGCCAGAUCCCUGGGUACAACAGUUUCGAGAGCCUUCUUUCCCGACUCCCGUCCCCGAAAAAGGUUUCAAAGAAGUCUUCCGAUGGGUCCGAUGAGGAGAGCAACGAAGAUUCCAGCGCGUCAGACGAGUCUGACCAUGACACUACUGGGCUGACCUCCUCGACGCCACUGCUCAAACAGUCCGAAGCGAUCCUUCUGGACUGGAAUGAGGACGCCAAGGAUGCUCUGUUCGGCAAGGACGGGCCCCGCGACAAUCUGCGUGGAGCUGCCACCUACGACGAGAUCCCAUUCAUCCAAGACCAGGCGCUCAUCGACCGCCGUGCCCAGCGUGACGCGCAGGCUAGUCAAGGGGUCACACUCAAUCAGUGCCUUGAUGAGUUCAGCCGCGAAGAGACGCUGUCCCAGGAUGACGCGUGGUACUGCCCACGCUGCAAGGAGCAUCGCCAAGCUCGCAAGAAGUUCGAGCUGUGGUCGACUCCGGACAUCCUGGUCAUUCACCUAAAACGGUUUAUGACCCAGUCUCGAUACUCGCGCGCCAAGCUCAGCACUAGGGUCGAGUUCCCGGUCGAGAACCUCGACCUGUCCAGCUGGGUCUCGGGUCCCGCGGGGGACAAGUCUCUGGUCUACGACCUGAUCGGCGUGGACAACCACUCGGGCAGCAUGGCGGGCGGUCACUAUACCGCCUAUGCCAAGAACUUCAUCACCGACGACUGGUGCAACUUCAACGAUUCGUCGGCGACUACGCUUCGGGACUUGGGCAGGAUGCAGUCCCCCCAGGCGUACCUGCUGUUCUAUCGCCGCCGGUCCGACCAGCCUUUGGGUGGUCCCGUUCUUCAGAAUAUCGUCAAUAAGUUCAAGAACGGUGAGAAGGACAGCACGGCGGAGAACUCGCGGGCUGGGUCCCCAUCGGGGGAAGGCAGACGCCUCGGUGGCUCAUUCCACAAUGGGUUGUCGAGCGUAUCAGCCGGAGUCGGAGCAGUUCGCCGAGCGGGCGGUGGUGGUUCGGGGGCCGCGACUCCGGAGACGAAGUCGAGUGAUGACGAGAAUGAGAACGAGGAGUCGCACAACACGCUCGACGAUGCGUUCUCUGCUCCCUCGUGGUCGUUUGAUCGGGUUGGUCUUGGGGAGAUGACCUCCAUUCGUCCAACGUCCCCUGAUGAGGACAAAGAUCUCUUCGGGGACAAUGACAGCAACGUGGCGGUCGAUGAAAACUCAGAUGCCGAAGCCCGCCUCCAUAGUCUCGACAACUCGCGGCCGGUCUCGGAGCAUGAGGGCUCCUUCGAGGAUGUCCCUCCGCUGUUGGAUGAUGGCUCGGAUGACGAGUUGCCCGUUGUGGAGCUGCGUGUGGAUCAUGAUGAGAAGAUGCAUUCCGAUGUCUAA